UUAACAGCAAUUCACCAGCGGACGUCCAAGUGGAAAGACGUUUCGUUCGCUUUGAUCGGAGCUGUUUUCGUUGUUUUAGUUGUUGCAGGAGUAUUUUAUUUAAGAUCAAGAUUGAGAAGAUUUAAAAAACAUUGGUCGUUUUCGAAUACAGAGGAAGACCAUGGGAACGCUUCUUUAGCCGAACAAAACAUUGAAGUUGCAAAUAUUGUAUCCCCUACUCAUUCCACUCAAGGACAUGCUUCUGAACAGAGGGGAGAAGCAUUAAGUAACGUUUAUGACGAUUUGAGAUUAUCUCAAAUGAUGGAUAGAAAUACAGUCUCUGGUACAGAUUGUAAUCAUUUUGCGGCAUGCAGUGAAGAGACCUUAAAUGAGGAAACAUUUGGUACGUACAAUGAAAGCGUUUCAAAACGACAUUAUAUCUAUUCUUAUACGGAGACAAGCGGUGAGGAAGAAUCGGCAAACAACUAUGAACAUUUCCGAAUGCCAACAGAAUACAGUAUUCUGUCCUUAAAGAGAAACAUUGACCCGUCUGUCAUACAACUGUAUGGUCAGCGCGAGAAAGGCAAUGACGGAGCGUAUGACGUCAUAGUUGGACAAUUUCACAAUGUCGGUGAACAAAGUGAAAACAGUCAAUCAGAAUCAGAAUCAGAGACAGGUUUACCACUUACAGAUAUACAAGAUUGAAGAUUUUGAUAACUGAUCGGUAUCACCACAUUCCCUUUUUUUCAGGAGUAAAAGUAAAUGCUGGAGAGCCUAACUAUUAAAACCUACUUCAUGUAUUUCAUGAUAUUCAUUUUUCAAACUAUUGGUAGUCAAGUCAUAUUUGUUAACAGUUUAUUAACAACUCUAUUCUGUGAAUAAAAAGACGAUUUACAAUAUGCAAUAUUCUUGUAAGAAAAAAGAACUCACGGUAGGUAUCUGUAUAUUCAAUUUUUUGUUCUUUUAACUUUAGUCUACAUUAUAUUCUAAACAAAACAGGAAUUCAAAACCUUGUUAUUUGUUUAGUUAUUACUCAUAUAGCCACUGUAUCCAGAAAUAUAAUGUAUAAGCGUUUUAUCAUAGGACAACAUUAAUGUGAUUAUAAAUUAACGAUUUCGUUAAUACGCCUUAUCUAAUAUUUUCAAUUGAACCUUAAAAGACCAAUCAUGCCCUAUUCUAAAAGCUAUGUAAAACAUGA